AAACGCGCACCGACCCUCACGCAGCUCGGUGUUCCACAGAGGAGAAGAGAAGGAGACAAGAUAUCUCAUCUCUCUCUUAUUUUCUGUAUGUGUGUCUGCGCGCGUUCACUCUUUUUUCUCCCACACACACACACAUCUCUCUCUCUCUCUCUCUCUCUCUCUCUCUCUCAUGCGCACACGCACGCACACGCGCGCACGCACGCACGCACGCACUCAUUUCCCACGCGCGUCGCUCGCUCCCGUUACUCGGACCGAAUAGGCAAUUUUGUCGCGCGCUCUUUUGAUCCUCUUGUUUUUUUCUUCUUCUUUACAUUAAAAAUAUAUAUUUUUUAAAAAAGAACAAGAGGACGUUUUCAUUUCCAGUUCCUUUCCCUUUUCCUUUCCACGCGCGAUUUCCAGAGCAGGCCACUGGAAUUUACCAAAAGAGUGUGAGCCCUGGCCUUUGAGAAAUGGCUCAAUAGUAGCACCAGGGAUGCCGGACCAUGACAGUGAGUCCCUCCUAAACCGACAGACCAAAAGAAGACGAGUGGACAUCGGCGUGAAGAGAACCGUGGGCUCGACCUCCACGCUGACAUCAGCAACUUCGACCGACUUCUUUGCCAGCCGCACAUCAAAAUCCACCAUCAUCUUCGGGGCCAUGAACGCCCAUCAUAGUGGAGAGCAGGACCUUCUGGAGUGUCAAGGCAUGCAGCUUGGACACGGGGACUCGAGUGAGACCAAGUCCAAUGUGCUCCGGAAGCUUCUCAAGAGGGCCAACUCGUAUGAGGACUCAAUGAUGCCUUUUCCUGGCGCGACCAUCAUCUCACAGCUGUUAAAGAGCAACAUGGCAAAAAAUGGAGCAGGGGGCGGAGUAGAUCCGGGGUUCCCUGGUAGUGCUCUCUCCAGCACAGGAUCCGAGGUGCCCCAAGAGGACGUGUGCAGCAACUCAUCCCAGGAAAGCCCUCAGGAGUGUCUCUCACCGUUCAGCCGCCCAACUCUGGGUCACUUUGACGUUGAACGGCUUAAUGACGAGCACCUCCGAGCUAAGCGAGCUCGUGUAGAGAACAUCAUUCGUGGAAUGAGUCACUCACCCAAUGUAAUGAUGCCAUCAAACUCCAGCUCAAGGGAACGAGAGCGGGAUGGUGAAGGAGAACCUGAAGGUCCCCAGCAGCCACCCAGCCCACGAGAGGGCUAUCGCGAGAACAAGCGCAAGCAGAAGCUUCCUCAACAGCAGCACAGCUUCCAGCAGCUGGUGUCAGUGCGCAAGGAGCAAAAGGUGGAGGAACGCAGGCAGCUCAAGCUGCAGCUUGAGGACAUGCAGAAACAGCUGCGCCAGCUGCAGGAGAAGUUCUUUCAGAUUUAUGACAGCACUGACUCUGAAGGGAACGACGCCGAGCAUGACGGAGGGAACCUCUCCGAAGACAGCGCGCGCUCCGAUGCUGGGCUCAUGGACGGAGACGUCGACGAGCGCCCCAUGCACGAUUCCGCUGCCGAUCGUUCUGAUAACGAGAUGUCACACUUGGAUCCGGGGCACUUUUUGGACAGAGCAAGGGCACUGCUAAGAGAACAGGCCCUUCUUGAUGGAGAGAAGCCCAAAAGGGAGGGCUCGCUGAGGGGCAAAGGUCCAACCUCUAUGCACGCAGAAGGCAAGCAACUGGCAGAGACCCUGAAGCAGGAACUGAACUCUGCCAUGUCUCAGGUGGUAGACACCGUAGUGAAGGUCUUUGCGAAACCUCCGCGGCCUCUCCCGCAGGUGUUCCCACCACUUCCUGCACCUCAGGAUCGUUUUACCGUUAACGGGGACAACCCCAACUUCCACACAACCAAUCAGCGCCUGCAGUGCUUCGGCGAUGUCAUAAUCCCCAGCCCACACGAGUCGUUUGGUGGAGUCCCGCUCCCCAGUGCCAAUGAUCAGACAGAGGCACUGCCUUUAGUGGUGCGGAAGUCUGCAGCUGAGCAUCACCACCAAUCCUCAGCAGUGGGUGCUCAUGGAGGCCACCACCACCCCUCCCUCCAUCCCUCUUCCCUGUCAGCCAACAUGGGCUUCAGCCCACCAUCUUUCCGCCACCCAUUCCCCCUCCCUCUAAUGGGGUACCCUUUUCAGGGCCCGCUCGGUGCCCCGUCGAUAGGGUACCCAGGCAAAGACAGAGGCUCACCUGAUUCCAUGGACCUCUCACGGGAGACCACCAGCUUACGGACCAAGAUGGCAUCCAACCACCAUAUGGGGCACACCCGGUCCUGCUCGCCAACCCACCCAGGGAGCACGGCUGAGAGUCUGUCUCUGUCACUCAUUAAGUCAGAGUGUGGAGACCUCCAGGACAUGUCUGACAUCUCGCCAUACCCAGGGAGUGCAAUUCAGGAAGGGCUUUCUCCCAACCACCUGAAGAAGGCCAAGCUCAUGUUCUUCUACACCAGGUACCCCAGCUCCAACAUGCUCAAGAUGUUCUUCUCGGACGUUAAGUUUAACCGGUGUAUCACGUCUCAGCUGAUCAAGUGGUUCAGUAAUUUUCGGGAGUUCUACUACAUCCAGAUGGAGAAGUUCGCGAGGCAGGCCAUAAACGACGGCGUGACGGGGGCUGAAGAGAUCACCGUCAGCCGAGACUCAGAGCUCUUCAGAGCUCUCAACAUGCACUACAACAAGGCCAAUGACUUUGAGGUUCCUGAUCGCUUCCUGGAGGUCGCUCAGAUAACGCUGCGCGAGUUCUUUAACGCCAUCGUGGCCGGGAAAGACGUGGACCCGUCCUGGAAGAAGGCCAUCUAUAAAGUGAUCUGCAAGCUGGACUCAGAGGUUCCAGAGAUCUUUAAAUCUCCCAACUGUCUCCAAGAGCUCCUACAUGAGUAACGAUAACGAUUCCCCCACCCCCACCAAACCUCCCUGAUGAUUUGAGUUUUGUUUGUUUUUUGUUGUUUUUUUUCCUUCUUCUUCUUUUGAGUUUUAAUAUUUUUUUCUGUUCUUGUUUUUUUUUUUUGAAUGUAUGGCAUAUGAAGUAGCAUUCCUGAGCUUUUUUUUUCUUCUUUCCCUUGGGGUGAUCUAGGUAAAUUUUGAGAUUUCUUGUCGUUUAUUUUACAUCUUCUUUUUCCUGUUUCAUAAUCGGAGGGACUUUGAUCCCUGCCUGACUUUUUGCCUGCCUGCUCUGGAAUUAUGGGUAAUCCUUAUGAAAUCCUGAUACUGAAGCCAAACAACUCAGUGAACUGGUAUAUGACUGAAGACUCGGGCUUGUUCAAAUUGAAGUUUUGAAGUGUGUAUUUCUCUGGAGAAGUGGGCAUUGCAUUUAUAGGGUGUAUAGAAUUAUUAUUAUUAUUAUUAUUUCUAUUAUUAUUGUUAUUUUAUUACUGUUGGUGUUCUUGUUGUCGUCAUUGUUGUUCCUGCUUGGGUAAGACUGGCACUUGGAGGUUUUGCUUUCUUUCUUUUCUUUCUUUUUCUUUCUUUCUUUCUUUCUUUCUUUCUUUCUUUCUUUCUUUCUUUGUUUCAUGAUAAGAUUGCAAGAAAAUAAAUUAUUAUUCCAAAAUGUAAAUCUCUAACUAUAUGCAAAACUAUAUUACAGACUUUACAUUAGAAUAGCUUUUCAUAAAGUCCUCGCCCUGGAUUUUGGUUUAUAUGGGUCCAAGAUUUUUUGUUUUGUUUUGUUGUUUUUUUGUUUUUUUUUUUGGGGGGGGGGCUGGCUUUGAUUGACAGCCCAAUGCACCAAUCACAACAUUUGAAAGGGCGUCAUAACCCGGCCCAUUUUUAAUUAUUUGCUACACAGCCUGUUUUUGUUUUUUCUUCUUUUCUCAGAAAACACAUUUUUUAUUUAUACAGUCCCUCUGAAGCACACUGAGUUUCUGGACGACUAAACCACGGAUGUAACAUCACGUAAAAAAUUUUCAUAUGGUCACUGUGCACAUCUCAAGAACACACAUUGAAAUGCCCUUCAACUGCUCAUUCCAGAGGAAUCAUUUGAAACCUUCGAGGACAUAUGUGAGUGUGUGCACUUUUUUUUUCCUGCGCGCGUGAAAUUUUUUUUUUUUUUUUUUGCUGUGUGGUAAUUAGCUCAGUAUUUUUAUGGUGUUUCUUGAAUACUGAAAAAUAAAAGGCAACCAUGUUCAAAGAGGACAUAUUACAACACCAAUUCAAUCCUUGCAUACGAUUUUUUUUCCCCCUGGAUGUUACGAUUUGAAAGUUUGUACUGUAUGGAUAUAAAUUUAAAGAAAAAAAUGCACUUACCUGUUGUUCAGUGAAAGCAAUGACAUUGGAUUUUAUUUAA